GAUGUCAGUUCCUGUUCUGAGCCCGCCCCCAUCCAGGCCCUUUUUCCGGUGGUAUGUGCCAGCCGGUCCUGCAUCCCACAUCCCCAGCUGUUGACAUUUCGUACCCACAGGAUAAAGAAAGGGCCCCUGUUAUUCAACAAUAGGGGAAAAGACGGAGACAAUGGGAAAUUGUGCUUCCGACGGGGUGGGGACAGAGAAGGAAAGGACAGACAGACGGACAGACAGUGGGGCUGGGUAGAAGGGCUCAGGUUUCUCGAAGCAGCUGGAGGUCCUGGAAGUCUGGUUCCCACCUUGAGAGCCUCUUCCCAUAGGCAAUGCGCACCCAGGCACAGGAGGGCAGAGCAGGACGACCAGCUGCCAAUCAUUGCUUCCUCCAUCUCUGUGAAGAGACCGGCUUCUAACAGUCCUAAGGAGUCCCCACCCUUUGUGCCCUGCAGACGGUGCUGGGCUGACUCCCCAUCAUGCCAGGCUGGCUCACUCUCCCCACACUCUGCCACUUCCUUCUCCCUUGGGCCUUCACCAUCUUCCAGGGAGCCUUGGGGGACCCGGCACCCCACCCUGGCCCCCACUACCUCCUGCCCCCCAUCCACGAGGUCAUUCACUCUCGUCGUGGGGCCACGACCACGCUGCCCUGCGUUCUGGGCACCCCGCCUCCCAGCUACAAGGUCCGCUGGAGCAAAGUGGAGCCAGGGGAGCUCCAGGAAACGCCGAUCCUCAUCACCAACGGGCCGCUCGCGCGGGGUUACGGGCCCCUCGGGGGGCGCGCCAGGAUGCGGAGGGGGCAUCGGCUAGACGCCUCCCUGGUCAUCGCGGGCGUGCGCCUGGAGGACGAGGGCAGGUACCGCUGUGAGCUCAUCAACGGCAUCGAGGACGAGAGCGUGGCGCUGACCCUGAGCCUGGAGGGUGUGGUGUUUCCGUACCAGCCCAGCCGGGGCCGGUACCAGUUCAAUUACUACGAGGCGAAGCAGGCGUGCGAGGAGCAGGACGGACGCCUGGCCACCUACGCCCAGCUGUACCAGGCGUGGACCGAGGGUCUGGACUGGUGUAACGCGGGCUGGCUGCUCGAGGGCUCCGUGCGCUACCCUGUGCUCACGGCGCGCGCUCCGUGCGGCGGCCGAGGUCGGCCCGGGAUCCGCAGCUACGGGCCCCGCGACCGGAAGCGCGACCGCUACGACGCCUUCUGCUUCACCUCGGCACUGGCAGGCCACGUGUUCUUCGUGCCCGGGCGGCUGACGCUGUCUGAAGCCCACGCGGCGUGCCGGCGGCGCGGGGCCGUGGUGGCCAAGGUCGGGCACCUCUACGCCGCCUGGAAGUUCUCGGGGCUGGACCAGUGCGACGGCGGCUGGCUGGCGGACGGCAGCGUGCGCUUCCCCAUCACCACGCCGCGGCCGCGCUGCGGGGGCCUCCCGGAUCCCGGAGUGCGCAGCUUCGGCUUCCCCAGACCCCAGCAGGCGGCCUACGGGACCUACUGCUACUCCGAGUAGCCGCCCACCGCACCCCCUCCAGCGCGCGGGACAAAGCCUGGGAGUCGUGGCGAGGUCUUUCGCCGCCCCUUUCCCACGAGCCUCCCUUCCCGCCAGACAAGGAGCAGCCCCUUCUGACCCGCGUUCCCGGCCGAGGGCUGCGGGCAGCGGAUCCCGGCUGGCCGGGCUUAGGGGAGGGAGUUGGUGGCGCCCCCGGUGGCGGGGUGUGCGGGUACUACACUCGGACCCGCGCAUCGAGGACCCGCGGCGGUUCUCGUGCCGCCAGCAGACCAAGCAGCCACUGCUAGGGGGCAGAAUGGGCGCCCAGGGGGCAUUAACUGACCUCUGUAUACUGCAAUAAAAUAACUCGGGGACUUUU